UUGUAAAUAGUAAAAUCGGUGGUAAAAUCGUAAAAACAACUUUAAUUUUUGUCAUUGAUCAAUAAGACAGGCGUCUGAAUAAAGCAAAUGUAAAUGAAAAUACCGCAUUGAUUAAGAUAAUAUAAAUUUUAUUAUAUUAUGAGCAUAAUAUAAGACUUUGUAAAGGUAACCUUUUAGUUAUCUAAGUAUUCGGAUUUCGGAACCAAGUUUCUGAAAUGGAAGACAUUCUAAAGAUGUCAAAAGUGUUACAAGAACCUUACAAAAUGUUUAAAGCAGACAGUGGUGCUAUUACAUUUCAUACAAUUGUCAGAAACACAGAAUAUUGGUGUGGGGAAAUUUCCCUUAUUAGUAAAGAGUGUCCACAUAAAAUUUUAUAUGAGAUAGAAUUAAAUUAUGAAUCUUUAUACAUUAUUUUUAAAAAAGAUGGGAAAGAGAUCACCUCAUUUGAAUUACCUGAUUCACAUGCUACAAGGCCACAAAAUUUUUGGUUAAGCUGGUACAAUGAUACACUACUACUUGGAGUUGUGGAAUCCUCCAAACAUCUAAAUCCAUUUUUUGUAUAUGCAGACACAUUUAGUGAACAGAACCCAAAGCAACUUAUUGGAUUUAUAAGAGUUACAGCAGAUCAAUACAGAGAUUUCAUUGUUGAGUCUAGUCCAGUUUUGAGGCCUAUCAGUCAUAAACAUAUACAAGGAGGUCAAUUAAGAUGGGUCAGUGUGUUGGAUGAUAGGCCACUACCUAAGGAUGCAUUAAUAGGUGGAUUUGAGAAUGAACCGAUAUAUAUUGCCCGUUCCUUUCACGGUAGAUCACUGUGUCCUGGAAAAUAUGUACCAUCAAAAAAGAAAGCUUUUGUGCCAUGGGGCCAUGCGGAACAUGCAAAAAAAAAUUUUGAGAUUCUUUGUGGCUACAACGCCUUGUGGGUUAAGUGUAAAGAGAACUUUAUACCUGAAAAUGCGUUCAUAGCGGGCUCAUCAGAAGUACAUGGUGAAGAUGUUUAUAUUGGUCGCGCAAUGAUUGGUGAUGAUCUUGUAGUGGGAAAAAUUCACAUGCUGUACAAGACAUGUUAUCUACCAUACAAAGGCAAAGAAGUGGAAAGGCACACAUAUGAAAUAUUGGUAAGAGGAGAUAUAACGACAUAUGGACAGACUAUAAAUAAAAAUUGCUUAUUGAACCCCAUGAAGGCCUUACAACCAUGCAUAUGAUGUAUAUACGAUAGUAUUUUUGUUCAGCUGUAUAAAAUAUAAGCACCUAA